GCUCUCUACGAACCCUGUGGUCCAUAAAUCGAGUCAAUAGGUCUUGUCAGUUACGGGGAGAGUCUAAGUGGUGAGGAGUGGAACUGUCACUUGGUUGUGCACUUUUCUCCAUGGUUGACACGCGUAGUGGCCGGAGCACCUCCCCCUACACCGCCGAAGAGGAGGCGAAAGCCGCCGCCCUCCUGAAGGAGAGAAGAGAGAAGAAGGAGCCCAAGAAGAAGGCCCUGAUGGAGGAAGAGGCGACGAAGAUGAGGAAGAUUGAGGAAGAGAUGGCCAGAGAGAAGGAGAGACUAAAGAGAGAAGCAGCGAAGCUCAAGGCGGUAGAAGAGGAGGAAGAGGAGGAAGAACAACCACUGGAAAGGCGAAGGGCAGGAGGAAGAGGUGAGUCCAGUGGCACAAAAGAAGAUUUAAUGGAGAAGAAGAUUACAGAGUGGGUUGUUGGAUUAUCCCUAGGAGAAGAUGAGGAGGUCUUGAUAUAUGUGUCCAGGGAGGAACAGGAGGCGGCCGUGAAAGAGUGGGAUGCUGAAGAAGAUCCACUCAAGCGGCAGGUUUUGGAAGAUGAGAAAAGUAUGGAGUGGAGGUUUCGGGACUUUGCACGGGAAUUGGCGACACAGGUGGGCUCUGAAGUGAGGGCCCGCCUAGAAGGCACAGAGCGAUAUUGCACAAACGCCAUAGAGGGCGCCAGACUGACCGCUCCAAAAGAGGAAGAAGCGCGUCCCCGUAGGGAGCCUGUCAAAGUCAAAUUUCCCGAUUCCUAUAGCGGGAAGAAUUGGGAAACGAACAUCAAAACGUACGUACACUUACUGAAAGAUCUUAAUAGCCAUCCACGCUCUGAAGGAGGAAGCCGCCAGUUUUGCCCGUUCCUUGGUCCGUGCCGCUAAUUGUAAUGAUGAUGUAGUUGCUUAUUCUGCCUUCACCCCCCUCGUUGACUUUCUAAAGUUAGUGCGCG